AUGACUGCUAACAGUGAGCCCAUAAUGACCGAUGGACCUUUGCAAAUCCCUUCACAGCCGAAAUCACUAUCAGACACCAAGACAGACACACCUGCUUUGAGUAGCCCGAGUGAUAUGCACCAGGGAGAAGGACGACCCAAUCUUGCACCCACGAAAGUAUGGCAAACCGAGAGACCACAAGCAACGACAAAAUCAUCUCUGCUAGCGCCAGCUUACAAGAGAGGUCAAACGAACACAUCAAUGUUAAAUGAAGCAAUUUGGAGUAAAGGGCCCAGUUACAAAGACGAUGAAUCCACGAGUAGCAGCAGUAGUGAGGACGAGGGAGAUGUUCAGGCAGAGAAGAAGAGGAAGAGAUAUAUAUCAGGGAAGAGAAGCGCGAGUGAUACCGGCGACAGGAAACAAUACAAUAAAUUUUUAGUUGGAAAUGAAGAUUUCAGCACCAGGGGAAGGGUCUCGAAGAAAGAUGGACGAUUGAAUAUUAGUGUCAAUGAGACCAGUAAUCGGGGAUACCUUGCGAAAGCAAUAGGCGCCACGUUCUUCAAUAAAAUUGGGAGCGAUGAUACGGUGGGCGAAUCACCAGAGGCAGACCACACCCGACUUCAAAGAGGAAAGCUUUCGAGGUCAUCAUCGGAAGAGAUAGUCACCUCGGAUAUGUCCAGGCCAAGGCUGAAUAUUGUUGUAAUGGUUAUCGGCAGUCGUGGCGAUAUUCAACCAUUUCUAAAGGUGGGAAAGAUUCUGCAGGAUUAUGGGCACAGAGUGAGAAUAGCAACACAUCCCGCGUUUCGAGAUUUUGUACAAAAUGAUUCUGGUUUGGAAUUCUUUUCCGUUGGUGGAGAUCCGGCCGAGCUUAUGGCGUUUAUGGUCAAGAAUCCAGGAAUGAUACCGACAAUGGACACUCUUAAGAAAGGAGAAGUGGGAAGACGAAGAGAUCAGAUGGCCGAAAUGUUUGAAGGGUUCUGGAGAGCUUGCAUCAAUGCUACGGACGAAGAGAAAGAUGUUACGAAUCUCAAGAUGAUGGGAGAUAAAGCACCAUUUGUUGCAGAUGCUAUUAUUGCAAAUCCUCCAUGUUUUGCACACGUUCAUUGCGCAGAACGACUCGGUAUACCUCUUCACCUUAUGUUCACAUUCCCAUAUACCCCAACGCAAGCUUUUCCACAUCCUUUGGCCAAUAUCAAGAAAACAAACGUGGAUCCAGGUUAUACGAAUUUCAUGUCCUACCCGUUGGUGGAAAUGAUGACUUGGCAAGGACUUGGCGAUCUAGUCAACAAUUUUAGAGUAAAAACUUUAGGGUUGGAACCAGUGUCGACACUAUGGGCCCCAGGUCAACUUUAUCGCCUUAAAGUCCCAUAUACGUACAUGUGGUCACCUGGCCUAGUACCCAAACCCAAAGAUUGGGGACCAGAAAUUGAUAUUGCUGGCUUCGUCUUCCUUGAUCUCGCAACUUCAUUCACACCACCGGAUGACCUUACAAAAUUCCUUGAUGAUGGAGAGCCACCAGUCUAUAUUGGGUUUGGUUCUAUCGUUGUUGACGAUCCUGAUAAGUUUACCGAGAUGAUCUUUGAAGCUGUGAAGAAAGCCGGAGUGAGAGCAUUGGUAUCCAAGGGAUGGGGUGGUCUUGGUGGUGAGAAUACACCGGAUCAUGUAUUCAUGCUCGAGAAUACUCCGCAUGAUUGGCUUUUCCCCAAAGUCAAGGCAGUGGUACAUCACGGUGGGGCUGGAACGACUGCGAUAGGUCUCAAAUGUGGGAAGCCCACCAUGAUUGUGCCAUUCUUUGGCGACCAACAAUUCUGGGGAGCCAUGAUUGGUAGCGCGGGAGCUGGAGCAGAUCCCGUUCCGUACAAGAGUUUGACUGCUGAUAAAUUAGCGGAAGGUAUCAAGCAGUGCCUGACGGAUAAAGCUAGAGAAGAAGCAGAAAAAAUUGCCAGAGAUAUUGAAGCGGAAGGUGACGGUGCACAGAACGCUGUCAAGUCAUUCCAUCGAAGUCUUAUCCUCCGAGGCGAACAUUCAAUGCGUUGCUCCAUUUUGGAAGAUCGGGUGGCAGUAUGGACCAUGAAAGGUACUAAUUUGCGAUUAAGCGCAUUGGCUGCUGAACUGCUAGUGGAAAGGAAGAAAAUUACUUGGAAACAAUUGAGACUCAUCAGACAUCAAGAGUGGAACGAUUUCGGAGGACCCGGUGAGCCUAUUAGCGGUGUUACAACAGCUGUUACAGGUACGGUUACAGGAAUUGCUACUGGCGUGGGCAGUAUACCAUUUAAGGUCAGAAAGACAAUAAAAAAGAGAAUCAUGCAUGAAGAAAUGAAGAAGAGGAAAUCGGAAUUUACAAAAAGUGAAAGUGGAAGUACCCUUGUCGGGAAGCCAAACAGUGCCGAUGCUUCUACACUCAACAAUCAAACAAUACAAGAAGAGAGUAAUGGCCCAAGAAGGAUUGCCGACAAUUCGAACUCUUCGACAGAAACGCAUAAUACCGGUCCUGAAGCCGCCAUGAAUUCCCCAUGCAAUGCCGGCAUGUCAAAUUACACCACAAGCGGUGAGCCUACCCGCCAGUAUAUCCAAGCAAAUCAAGAAGAAUCAACUUCACAAGCCAAUCACAACAACCACAAGAUCGACAAUCAAUCCAUACUCUCCUCCGACCCAAUCCCUAACCAAGUCGACGAGGUAGCCCAUAACAUCGGACAAGGCUUUGGUGAAACGGCGGAAGCAGUAGCUCGUGCACCCAUGGAUCUGGCACUCGCACUCGCCCAAGGUUUCCACAAUGCGCCUCGUCUCUAUGGCGACACGACUGUGCGUCGCCCAACCCGGAUUACAGGUAUGAAAAGUGGACUGAAAGCCGCGGGAGAGGAAUUUGUUUUUGGAAUCUAUGACGGUGUGACGGGGCUGGUGAUGCAACCUUAUACCGGAGCUCGGGACCAUGGCGCAUUGGGUUUUGUAAAGGGGGUAGGGAUGGGACUUACGGGGUUUGUGUUGAAGGAUAUUAGUGCAGUGGUGGGUCCCUUUGGAUACACAUUGAAGGGAGUGCAUAAGGAAUUGUUGAAGAGCAAACAACCAACUGCUUUUAUCAGAAAAGCGAGGAUUCUACAGGGACAGAGGGAUAUUAAUCAGCUUGAGGGAAAACCGAAGGAGAGAAAGGAGAUCGAGGAGAGACUCACACAUGGAUGGAGUGUUAUAUUACAGGUGUGGAAAUUAAUGGACGACAAAAAGAGAGAUGGGGGAAUGGGACUCAAAGGGCGAAUAAAUAUUUUGCGAGAGCGCAGAACAUGGCGUUCUAACGGUGCAUUUGAGGGGGUUCGAGCCGCGGAGCGAGCGUUACAAGCAAAAAAGAAUGGGGAUCAGGAAGGUCUUAAUGGAGCUUUGAAGAAACAGAAAAAGGAAUUGGAGGUAGCGGAAAGACCGAGGAAAGGCGUAGCUGCCGAAUUAGAAGAAGAUAAGGUUAAGAGACAGCAGAAGAUUCCGAUGGCGCCCGAAGCGCAGAAUGGUGAUGGUGAUGAAGAGGUUCAUCCGAAAACGGGUUACGAUGAGAGACAGGUGGUGGUUGACAAGGGGAGUGCGAAGCCAGAGGGGAAGGAUACGCCCAAGUUGAUUGUGUGA